AUGUCUUCAGUUCAAAGCUCUGAAACCCAAAACGACUUCUCUAUUGCUCCCCUGCCCACCAUUGACCAUGCACGUCUCGAAGCGAAAGACGGCGAAGAGACGCAGCGACUCCUGGAUGCCUGCAAAACCCAUGGAUUCUUCUACUUGGACCUCAGAAAGGUGGGAACAGUCCUCAAUGACUGGCAACAGGUCCUUCGCAUCAUGGAGAAAUACUUCAGCCAGGAUCUCAUGACGAAGAUGAAAGAUGACCGUCGUAGCGAUACCUACGGAAGCAGCUAUGAACCCUGCGGAACCUCAGCAGGAGCAGUGCCCGGUACACUGGACUUCUACGAGACUCUGAAGAUUGCCCGUUCAGAAAUGUACGAAAAGUCAGCAUCACUCCCGCAAACCGCCAAAGACAAUCUCGAGCUCUUUGACCGCUUCAUCCGAGCCGCUGAUACCAUCACCACGACGAUUCUGGCCCGCCUUUCCGACGCGUUCAAUCUGUGCUCCGGUCUACGCUUCGAGGACAAACAUCGUCCAGGCGGGAAAUCACGAAGCACACUGACCCUCUUCCGAUACCCAAAGCAAGAGGUGCAGGAGAACAAGGUUGGUCAUAAUAAGCAUACCGACAUCGGAACCCUCACCCUCCUUUUUAGUGAGCAAUGGGGCUUGCAGGUUCUUUCGCCUGAGACAUCGGAGUGGAGCUUUGUCGCUCCAAAGAAAGACCAUGCUGUUAUCAAUGUUGGUGACUCGUUGCGCUUUCUCUCUGGGAAUGUGCUCAAGUCAUGCGUUCAUCGGGUGGUGCCCCGGAAUGUGUCUGGUCGCCAAGAGGAACAUCGGUACAGUAUCGCCUAUUUUCUCAGAGCGGAGGAUGUAGUGCAAUAUAAGGAUAGUAAGGGUCGGGUGAUCAGCGCUAGAGAUUGGCAUGACGAGAAAUAUGAGGUAUUUCGAUUGAGUCAUGAUGAGUCUAAUAGUGACAGGAUCUUAACUGGUGGGAUGGAGAAGGGUGGGCAAUUCAUUGUUCCAAAUAUCUCACAGGAUGAGUGA